AUGAGUUGCCCCAGACCUCCACCCACUAUCAACAGACCACCAUACAUUAGUUGCCUCAGACCUCCACCAACUGUCAACAGAUUGCCAUACAUGAGUUACCCUAGACCACCACCCACUAUCAACAGACCGCCAUACAUGAAUCGCCCCAGACCACCACCCACUAUCAACAGACCGCCAUACAUGAGUUACCCUAAACCACCACCAACUAUCAAGAGACCGCCAUACAUGAGUUACCCUAGACCACCACCUACUAUCAAGAGACCGCCAUACAUUAGUUGCCCUAGACCACCACCAACUAUCAAGAGACCGCCAUACAUGAGUUACCCUAAACCACCACCUACUAUCAAGAGACCGCCAUACAUGAGUUACCCUAGACCACCACCUACUAUCAAAGAGCCGCCAUACAUUGGUUGCCCUAGACCACCACCAACUAUCAAGAGACCGCCACAUGAGUUACCCUAA